UCAGUAGUCAAUAUGGCGGCGCAGCAGACUGAUGUUGAUGAACUGUUCGAUGUGAAAAAUGCUUAUUAUAUCGGCAGUUACCAACAAUGUAUUAACGAGGCUCAGAAAGUGAAGCCGUCGUCUCCAGAAAAGGAAAUUGAAAGAGACAUGUUUUUACACAGAGCAUACAUCGCUCAGAGGAAAUGCGCUGUUGUUCUUGAUGACAUUAAGGCCAACUCUCCACCUGAGCUUCAGGCUGUGAAGAUGUUUGCAGAGUAUCUGUCCAGUGAAAGCAAAAGAGACGCUAUCGUUGCUGAUUUGGACAAAAAGAUGGCGAAGAGUGUGGAUGCUGCCAACACCACCUUUCUCCUCAUGGCUGCCUCCAUCUACUACCAUGAGAUGAACACUGAUGCUGCCCUCCGAACUCUGCAUCAAGGAGAAAGUCUGGAGUGUAUGGCCAUGACCAUCCAGGUGCUUCUCAGUCUGGAUCGUGUUGACCUGGCAAGGAAAGAACUGAAGAAGAUGCAGGAGCAGGAUGAAGAUGCUACUCUUACCCAGCUAGCCACCGCUUGGGUUAAUAUUGCUGUGGGUGGAGAGAAGCUGCAAGAUGCUUACUACAUUUUCCAAGAAAUGUCUGACAAGUACUCGUCCACACUGUUGCUUCUCAAUGGGCAGGCGGCCUGCUACAUGGCUCAGAAUAAGUGGGAGGAGGCUGAGGGAGUGCUACAGGAGGCACUUGAUAAGGACAGCAGCCAUCCAGAGACGCUGAUCAACCUCAUAGUGCUGACACAGCAUCUGGGCAAAGCUCCUGAGGUCACCAAUCGAUAUCUCUCCCAGCUGAAAGAUGCACACAGAGCCCACCCGUUCCUCAAAGACUACAUCGCCAAGGAGCAUGAGUUUGACCGAUUAACAAUGCAGUACGCCCCCACCGCCACAGCAUAAAGCAUCUGCUUUUCUUCAAGAUACUUUGACAGUGAACUUUAUGGAAAACCAUGAAACCGUACCAUCAAACCACCACUGCGUGUUUGAUCUCAUGGCUGUAUUAAAACCCCUUUAGAAGUCAUAAUGAAGUCCUUAUUUGAUAUGUGGGCGGAUAGAACAUCCUGUCUAGAUAUUCUAUAUAAAUUUACAUUUCUUUCACAUCCAUGUGUAAUACAAACAUUCCUUUGAAAUGUUAAUAAAUGUGUGAAACCUG